CGCAGCUCUGGGUGUGCUGCUGGCGCGGUCAGAGUGUCUCAGGGGAGGAGGGCAGGGCGGCCGGCCCCUCCCACUCCUCCUUUUCUCGAGUGUCCUGCCCCCGGGCCUGGCAGCGGGUGCCGGGCCGCCGGCGAGUGUGCGCUGCGACUCCGGGGACCGACGGCGGUGGGUGCGCGAGGACCGCGGCGGACCUGCUGGCGCCAUGCGCUCCCUCCCCAGUUUGCGGGGGCCCCGGGCGCCGCCCCUGCCGCUGCUCCUCCUGUGCCUCCUCGCCCCGGUGCGCCGGAGCUCGGAGGACGGCCGUACCCCAGCUGCAUCUUUCACAAGCCUACCUGUCCGGGAAGAAAUGAUGGCAAAAUACUCUAACCUUUCCUUGGAGAGUCAUAACAUAUCACUGACUGAACAUUCCAAUAUGCCAGUCGAAAAAAAUAUCACUUUAGAAAGACCUUCUAAUAUAGAACUCACAUGCCAGUUCAUGACAUCUGGAGAUCUGAAUUCAGUAAAUGUGACUUGGAAAAAAGGUGAUGAACUACUUGAGAAUAACUAUCUCAUCAAUGCAACAGGAAGCAUCCUGUAUACCCAAUACAUGUUCACCAUCGUUAAUAGCGAACAAAUGGGAAGUUAUUCUUGUUUCUUUGAGGAGAAAAAGGAACAAAGGGGCACAUUUAAUUUCAAAGUCCCUGAACUUCAUGAAAAAAAGAAACCGUUGAUCACUUAUGUAGGGGAUUCAGUUGUCUUGAUGUGUAAAUGUCAAGACUGUUUUCCUUUAAAUUGGACCUGGUACCGUAGUAAUGGGAGUGUACAGGUUCCUGUUGGUGUUCCAAUGAACAAUAAGUAUGUGAUCAAUGGAAAAAAUGCUAAUGAAACAAGGCUCAAGAUAAUGCAACUUUCAGAGGAAGAUCAGGGAUCUUACUGGUGCCAUGCAAUAUUCCAAUUAGGCGAGAGUGAAGAACACGUUGAACUUGUCGUGCUGAGUUAUUGGGUGCCUCUCAAAGCAUUUCUUGGAAUAGCUGUUGAGGUGGUUCUUUUAGUGGCUAUUAUUCUGCUUUUUGAAAUGUACACCCAAAAGAAAAAGAAGCACUCAGAUGAUGGGAAGGAAUUUGAACAAAUUGAACAGCUGAAAUCAGAUGAUAGCAAUGGUAUAGAAAAUAAUGCCCCCAGGCACAGAAAAAAUGAAUCUGUGGGCCAGUGAAUGAGAAACAUCAUGUCAAGAGUCACAGGAAGAUGUCAAAGAGUUUGGAUUUCAGCUUUGUUUCUGCUUCCUGUUAAGAACACAUGAAUUUUUAUUUUUAAAAGGAUGAAAAGUUUGUGCAAGAUGCUCAGCAGUAGCUUUGUAAAUAAUAUAUGCUAUUUCGGAUCUAAAGAUAUAUUUUCAUUCUAUUAUUAUUUUACAUUAAAGCAAGGUAAAUUGUAUUAAGUAUGUUCUAUGAGCUGUAACCCAGGACAAUUAAUUUCAUUCUAGUCCUCAAGUGACACACAGAACAGACACCAGCAAAACCAAAUAAUACACAGAGCGAAUGUCACUCAAGACCUGUUUAUAACCAAAGAAUUCAUUAAAGACAAACCCUUUGCCAUUUGUCUUAAAAAGCUUUUUUCCCCAAUCAUGUUUACUAGAUGUAGAAGUAUUUGUAAUAAUUUUCAUGUAAAGUUCAUCCUUCAGUCAUAUUGAAAAAAAGUGUCCUCAAGGGGAAAUUAGCACUUUCUACCUUUGUUAAUGAUGGUUACUGUACAAUGUCCAUAAGAAAAACAUACUUUUCUUACAAAAAUAUUGGUUUAAGGCAAGGAAAUAAAACCAUACACUUGCCCCAAAUCUCCAUCACCACGAAAGCAGAUUUCCUAAUCUCAUUCCACUCAUCGCCACUGUUUUCCCACACCAGGCUAAAGUGAUAUUUAGUCUUUAUGGAGAACGUUUUUUUAUUUUUUUUCUUUGUGGUACGUGGGCCUCUCACCGCCGUGGCCUCUCCCGUUGCGGAGCACAGGCUCCGGACGCACAGGCUCAGCGGCCGUGGCUCACGGGCCCAGCCGCUCCACGGCAUGUGGGAUCCUCCUGGACCGGGGCACGAACCUGCGUCCCCUGCAUCGGCAGGCGGACCCUCAACCACUGCGCCACCAGGGAAGCCCCCUGGAGAACAUUUUUUUAAAGCUAUGGGUUUUGGAUUUCUUAAAUGACAGCUGGUGUUGAUGUUGUAGGGUACAGGUUCACAUAGACGGGGUGUAGCACUGCUACUGACAUGCUUCCGUGCUUCAUGAUUUCCUGGUAUCCAUGGCUGGCUAAAUAUCUAAAAAUGAAUUAUUACUGGUUUAUAAUACUAAUCCUUUGUCUGAAAUCAAGAAGUACUAAAGCAGUUCUAUGUUGCUGCCAGUAACUUAGACUUUUCUUUAAAAUAGAAUACUUUGUUUCUAUUGCAUAUAUAACUGAACUAUUUUAUAAAAAUCACUAUAAGUCCAAUGAAAUCUGAAUAGACAUGAAAAGUUGUUAAUGGUUUUAAAUGUAACAUUAACAUCAUAUGGCAGGAUACUAGGUUAGGUUAAAGACAGCGAUGUGAAACCUGCUGGGGGGCCCUUGGUUCUGAUGUCCCCCUGCUCACAGUGCAGCAGGGUUCCGAACAAUCACAGGCAAAGAGGGAAGGAUUUGGGAUGGGGGCAAAGAACCCAUGAUCUUGGUGACUAGGGGAUUAAAGCUUGAAAAAGAGGUGUUCAAUUAUUUGAAAAAAAUACUUUUUAGACAUUUAUAUGAUGUUCUGGUUGAGAAAAUUAUCAUAAAAUUCAGGUAGUGAAAAAUUAUACUUUAUAUGGCAUCUUAACUAAUGAUGAAAAUAUUACUAGUAUAAAUAAUACACAUAAAGUGUCACUUGGAAGCUACUCAUUUUGUUGCAGCAGUGCUUUGUGUAAAGAUGUUAACUGUUGACACAAGUUUUGUUGAAUAGACUACAUCAUUUAAUUAAUGGCAAGUUUCAUCUUAUUCUUGUUUUAGAGCAAUAAGCCAGGCAUUUGUUUUGGUUUAAUUAAUUAUUAAUUUGAUAAAAUGAUCUUGGGUGGUAUCUAUAUGAUGGCAGACAACCAAGCAGUUCACUUAUUAAUCUAAACAAUUUGAAUUCAGUGAAAAAUUAUUCAGACCUGCUAUUUGACUAAGUCCAAUUCAAAACAAUGUAUUUGUGACUGGACAUAUACAAAUCCCCAAUUUGUAGCUCAUAUGCAGUACACAUUCUUCUCUUGUGCCACCACAAAAUGGUUCUCAAGCAAGAAAAAUUGCUACCCCAAUGUAAAAUAAUCUGAAAUAUUUAUGUAGUAAAUUGAAUUUUUAAGUGUUAAUGCUUGCUAUUUUUCCUAGCAAAGACAAUUCUCUUCAGUAACUUUAAGCAGAAAAGGUACUCAGAAAAUUAAAGUUGAAUUUUGGCUUUUCAGAGUCUCUCUGGAGAACUUCCAGAAAAUUAUUCCACCACUGUUAGGUUAAAAAUGGAAUGCUUCCAUUAACUAACCUCACGGAGAUGAAUGGAUUAACUAAAAAUGACCAAUUGUAAAUUGAAAUGACCAACUGAAAAUACUAAGCAAGCAGAAAAGCUGAAGUAGGAAAACUACUCCACGUUUAUAUAUUAGACACCUUGGGAAAUUCUAUCAGUCUUUCUAGCCAACAGAGUUUUGCAGCAUAAUAAGUAGAUUUAAUGAUGUCUUAAAAUUCCCAGAUUUUUCAUAUUCAGUUUAUGCUCUAAUGUAAAUCUUCUCUUUGCAGUCUUUCCCUUUUUUCUCAGCAUCUAGUUACCCAGGCCAAAACCUAGAGCUCACUGUGCUAUUUUCUUCUCUAUUAACUAAUGUUUAUUAGUAAUGAGUCUCUAUUCCUUUGGCCUUUUUAAUAGCUCAUUAAUCCACUCACUGCUUCCCCUACCCCAUGCUCGCCAGCUGCAACAGCUAAGGUCUUGAUUUUCCUACCUCAGUCUCAUCUUCGGUUAAUCAUGUUUUGCAUUGCUGCUGGGCCAUAUUUCUGAAACACAAAUCUCACUAUGUAGCUUAAUGUGGCAGCUUCCAUGACAAAGCUCUACAGGCUCACCUUUCCCAUAUCUUAGUAUUGCAGUUUUCCAAAUUGUGAAUCCUUUCCCACUGUCUUGAUUUAGCCUUGACAUAGAGAGUCUGUCCAGAAUGCUGCCCCCUGUGCUCCUCCCUUUUGAUGAACUCAAGUUCAGCUUUCAAGACUUUAAUCUGAUGUUACUUCCUGGCAGAUCCCUCAUACCCAGCUGAGUAUGUGCCAUCUUAUGGGCUCAAAUAACUCCAUGUUUCUUUGUGCUUAUUACCCUGUAUUAUAAAUAUGCACUUAUAUGUCUCCUUCCUGGAUUCUGCUUUUAUUUCUGUAUCCCAUACCUACCACAGAGAGGGUACAUUGGAGAUGCCAUGAAGUGUGUGGUGCAUGGAUAAAUGUACAGGUAAACAUCAAAUUUCAUAAAGUUAUACUUAUUUUUAGAAGAAAAAUCUAAAUUAUGACUUCAGAAUUGAAACAACAUACUUUAACAGAGAUAAACAAGCCUUUAAAACUUCAUUGUUUGCUUCUACUUCUUUGAAAAACAGUAAUAAUAGAAUAAAAAGUCCUGUCAGAUUUUAAUAAUGUGUAAUAAUCAAAUGAGCAAAGGGAGUUCUGAUUCCUAAACUAUUAUACAGGGUAUGUUGCUUUCAACUUAUCUAAAUUCCUAUUGGGACUUCCCUGGCAGUCCAGAGGUUAAGACUUCGCCUUCCAAUGGAGGGGGUGCGGGUUUGAUCCCUGGUCAGGAAGCUAAGAUCCAUAUGCCUCCCGGCCAAAAAACCAAAACAUAAAACAGAAGCAAUAUUGUAACAAAUUCAAUAAAGACUUAAAAAAUGGUCCACAUCAAAAAAACUUAAAAAAAAAAGUUCCUAUUGUCCUUUAUUUUUCAUAGGCAGUGCAAAUGUUAACCUUAUUUUUAUCCUUUAUUUUAUUUUUAUUUAUUUAUUUAUUAUUAUUUUUUUUUUGCCGUACGCGGGUCUCUCACUGCUGUGGCCUCCCCCGCCGCGGAGCACAGGCUCUGGACAUGCAGGCCCAGCAGCCAUGGCUCAUGGGCCCAGCCGCUCCAUGUCAUGUAGGAUCCUCCCGGACCGGGGCACGAACUUGUGUCCCCUGUAUCGGCAGACGGACUCCCAACCACUGCGCCACCAGGGAAGCCCAAUCCUUUAUUUUAAUAAUACAGUGUAUUGACUUUAUAUAAAGAAUUUUAGUAAUUGUAGUUCUUUGCAUGGUACUGUAGAUAUUAGUGUCCACUCCACUAAUUUUCUCUUUCCUCCUCCCUGCCAAUACCUCAAGAAUAUCUCAGAGUACCUCAAGAGUACCUCAGAAUAUCUCAGAAUCCAAUUCAAAAUUUGUAUUAAAUAUAUUUUUUAGAAAGCUUUCGUUGGUUAGUUUUGGUCACUGAAAGUUUGUCGUUAAUUAAAUUCAUCAAAAGAAAAAGAAUGUCAGUUCUGCUCACUUAUUCCCUGGGUUUUCAUCUUUGAGGCAUUUAAAUAGAUUUGUGCAAAUUAUUUACUGAAUAUCUACUUCUUUAUAGAAAAUGAAUCUUCUCUAACUGAACAAGUUAUGCAAUGAAUUAGGGACUUGCUUCCCGUUAGCAUGUUUAGGUGGCAGCAAGUUCAAGUGUGUGUUCCAGUAUUAAUUAAAAGGCACACUGACCUAUUAUAGCUUUCUCUGAAUUUAUAUUUAUCGACUGACUGAAAAAUAGAUGAAUGACUCAAUUAUUUUGGAAUCUUAAAUUAUACAUGUUUAUGUACUAUCUACUUUGAUUUUGAUUAAUUGCGAAUUUAUCUUCUCUAGCAUAGAUAAAAAGAAAACUGGAACUAUCUAUGUGCAUUUUUUUCACGUGAUAUUUAGGAAUGUAUUUGCAGUAUACCUGAAAGGUCAGUUACAUGCUCAGUUUAUCAGCUGAGUUCUUUAUUGAGGGUAUAUCAUAUUAUUAAAUAGUAAUAAACACAUUUGUUGAGUGCUUAGCAUGUGACAAGUACUGUGCUAAAUACUUUGAAAUGUGUUAUCUCAUUUAAUUUCCACAUCAUCUUAUGCUACAGAAACUAUUAACUACUUUUUUAUAGAUGAGGAAACUGAAGCUUGAGAGAUUAGGUAUUUGGAUCUGGGAUUGAAAUCCAAGGAGUCCUCCUCAAGAGUCUAGGUUUAACUACGUUGAACAGCUUUGGCCUGCUACUUAGGUGCUUCUUAGAAAAAUGAGGCUAUUAUCUAUUAACUGUCUUUCUUUAAAAAAAAUUUCACUCCUUUUGAUGGUCAGUUAAAUAAUAAGUUCCAUAAUUUUAUUCUUAAGGCUUACAGAACCUAUUCUGUGGCAUACUUGUGUUCCUGCAGUGGUGCUGGGGAAUCAAUAUACUUCUGUUUGAGAGUCUUCACUGUUUUCUCAAUAACUAGUGUGACCAUAAAAUUUAUCAUCCAAACACUGAGAAUGAAAUAAAGUGCUAUUUGUAAUUUUACCAGGACAAACAGAAAACAGACUGUAAGUCACAUUUUUAGCCUGUAGGUAGGAGCUAAGUACUUUAUGGAUGAUCUAGCCUAGGCAAAGCAGUAAUGUCUGCAAUUUUGAGUAAUAAACGCUUUGAAAUUUACCUCCAAGGAAUGACCUAUCUUUAGCAAAUGCCAGGUGAGUUUCACUAUAGAGAUGUGCCUAUAAUGAGACAAUUUAGUAAGCUUAAAGAUUUAUUACUUUUCAAAAGUAGUAUGAUUAAACUGUAUCAGCAUUUGAAAAUGUGAUUCACAAGUUGUAAGAGAAGCUGGGAAAGAAAGUCCUGUUUUUGAUGGCCUGUGAAACGAACUAGACAAUUCUUUGGACUUGCUUACCUUCAUGAUUAAUGUGUCAUAAUGAUAAUAUCUAUAUAAUUUUCAAUAAAUCAGGAAUGCCUGAUUAUGCCCUUAUAAUGAAAUUUACUUAUGAAAUCAGUGAACAUCACUCAUGACUAACAUUGUCAAAAUUACUUUUAAUCACAUGAUUAACCUGUAACAUUUAUAUUUCAUUAUUUCUCAUGUCCCAAAUGGGAGAAUGCUAGUGAAACUUGUUUAGGAUAUUGGUUAAAGUCUAUAUAUUAUUUUGGUGUGUUAUCUAUUAAGAACUUUUGCUUAUAAAAAUUGAUUUUGCUAUUUAAUUUGUAAUUUACCUCAGAAAAUAAUUAGCACAAAUUCUUAUUUUUCUAAAGUUUAUUUGAUAAACAAAUGAAAAUAUUAGACUUAUUACAUAUAUAAUUAACUAUAAUGCUAUGUAAUGGUUUAAAAAUACCACAAAAUAUGAUGACAUGAACUGCUUUUGUGUCUCUUAAGAUAGAAAUUUGACCAUAAACUUUACUUUUUUUUUUUUAAAUCAAGGACCAUGGGUUUAUUAUGACAUAUUUCCUAGUAGUUGUAAUGUUUUUUUUAGCAUGUGUGUCUAAAUUCUCAUUAAUGUCUUUCUGUAUUUAUGUAAACAGCACAGAAAAUGUUUGUAUUAGAAUGUUUAAAAAUGUUUUUGUUGCAUUAACUCAAAGGA